UAUGCAUUUUGUUUUAGGAACUACAUUUGUACGUUGGGGGAAGAAAUCAUGUCCAUCAGUUAAUGGGACAUCAAAAGUUUAUUCAGGUAUUGCUGGAGGUAGAAAUUUCAAUGAAAUUGGCGGUGGCAUUAACACCCUUUGUUUACCCCUUGAUCCGGAGGACGCUCCUUAUGGUGUGACUGCUUACGUGCAUUCUGGACGGAUACAUGGAAGCGAGUACGAAUUCACCUAUAACAACAUAGCGAUGGACGAUGACGUUCCGUGUGCAGUGUGUCAUUCCAAGUAUGCUUCAUCAACAAUCAUGAUUCCUGCUAAACUGUCAUGUCCUUCAAAUUGGAUGAAACAGUAUGACGGAUUUUUGACCUCUGAAGCACAGUACACAAAUCAUAACGGUGCCGAUUUUUUGUGUUUGGAUAGAAAUCCAGAGUAUGGUACCGCUGGUUCUCGACAAAACAGUUAUAAUGGGAGAUUGUUCUACACCGUGCAGGCAGUCUGUGGUUCUCUCCCAUGCCCGCCCUACAGAAGUUCUCAACCAAUUGCCUGUGUUGUUUGCACGAUGUAAAUAAGUAUUUCAGUA